GAGACAGGAGAGAGUGCGAACUGAUCCCAGGCUGUGAACAAGAGGCAGCGAGCAGGAAUGGGAUAGAGGCAGAGGGGCCACAACAUAUGAAAGUUUUGACUGCGAUUGCGGUAGGUGAUGCAAAGCAAGAGUAGGGUUUUUUUCCAGCAUGUAGAAGCAAAUCAGAGUCCACAUCAUGGAUUGCUUCAGUCUAAGAGAAAUUUACAUUUAGUUGCUAUGCGAGGCCAUUCUGUUAAAUUCUUACACAGGAAGCGUCAGAGUAUAAAAACGAGAUUGAAGACGUGGAAGAAGAUACCAUCCACUUGGAGCACAAACACUGAAAUGUAUUGGGCGUUAAGUUGCACCGUUUUCCCAAACAAGAUCUGAGAGUUACGACAAACAGCGUCAAAAGACACUUAAGACCUGACCUGCAAAAGAAGCUCAGCAGAUAUUACUUUGGAAAAAAGACACUAUUCUCAUUUGAGGUGGAUGACAGCUACGCGGGAAAGUGAAGAUCCCUGUGUACAUGUUACUGUGGACAAACCAUUCGUGGUGGGAUUAUUUCAGCAUUGGAAUUUACUGCACCGGACCUAUGUUUUUUUUUUUUUUUUUCUUUCUAAACCAGUGAAUAUUUGACUGAGUGUGAGCUUUUCACUUUGAUUUGUGUACUGCACAAGGGAUGACGCAUUUUAUGCACCAACCUUGAGCACUAUAACCUGAACCUUUGCCUGUGGGACCCAGCGACAAUGCUGACCGAGUGUCUAACACCAGAAAGAUCAGAGCCCCGACCCACGCUCAGGCCCGCUGUAAUUUCAGCAGCAACAUGUCUCAGCCAGUCGUGGCACAACUCGAUGAUAACAGCUCACAAACAGGCGAACUGCCUGAGAUUCAGCUGAGAUGGGCUGCCCUGCUCAUCGUCAUGGUCAUCAUCCCCACUAUAGGAGGAAACAUCCUUGUUAUUCUUGCUGUGUCGCUUGAAAGAAAACUGCAAAAUGCCACCAACUACUUUCUGAUGUCACUUGCUGUGGCAGAUCUGCUGGUGGGACUCUUGGUGAUGCCAAUUGCGCUUGUCACCGUUCUCUACAACUCUGGAUGGCCUCUUCCGGAGUUCCUUUGUCCCAUUUGGCUCUUCCUGGAUGUGCUUUUUUCAACUGCAUCCAUCAUGCACCUAUGUGCCAUCUCACUGGAUCGCUACAUUGCCAUCAAGAAGCCAAUCCAGCAUAGCCAGUACAAAUCCAGAGCCAAAGCAAAGGUCAAGAUUGCACUGGUGUGGCUCAUAUCCAUUUGUAUUGCAAUCCCAAUUCCAAUAAUGGGGCUUGAGAACUACCAUAUUCCCAACAACAUCACCUUCAACAACAACCACACAUGCCUGCUAAAACCAGACACCUUCCGGGAGUUUAUCAUAUUUGGCUCCUUGACAGCAUUCUUCAUCCCUUUGACCAUCAUGAUGGUCAUCUAUCUACUUACUGUGCAGGUGUUGCGCAAAAAGGUUUAUUUGCUCAGGUCAAAGGUGACUCAACGCUUUAGCUCCCCAACAAUCCCCACAGUGUUUCAAAGGGAACAGACUGGACCUCAAGUAGAGCAACUGAACAUGCUGGAUAUCAGACUUCCCAGGAAGCAAGACAAACCAAAUGUGGGACCAGUAAACUUGCCUACAGAAGAUGAGAUUUCUUUUCGCAGAAUGUCAACGAUGGGCAAGAAGUCAAUGCAGACUCUGAGCAACGAGCAGCGUGCCUCAAAGGUGCUGGGCAUAGUCUUCCUACUCUUUGUGGUCAUGUGGUGCCCUUUUUUCAUAACAAAUAUCACUUCAGCAUUGUGCAAAACUUGUGAUAUCAACAUAAUUUCCCGCCUGAUGGAGAUCUUUGUAUGGGUAGGUUAUGUUUCAUCAGGUAUUAAUCCACUGGUGUACACCCUUUUUAACAAAACUUUCAGGGAAGCGUUCACACGUUACAUCACCUGCAAUUACAAAAGCUUUACAAGCCAAGGACCAGGACGACUUCCAGGGGCAACUACUACAGACUGGACGCUUACAAGCAUUUCAUUUAAAUCUUCCAUGGCGGAGAACUCCAAGUUGUUCAUGAAACAGGGAAUGAAGAAUGGCAUUGGAGCAGUGAGCUACCAAAGUCCACUGAGAUGCCGUCAAGGACUUGUACAGUCCUCCGGUGGUGUAGUGUUGAACACAAUACCUCUGACUGAAAAUGAAGAUUUUAAACAGGAAGAACAUGUAAGCUGUGUAUAGAUAUACCAGAAAAAUAACCCAGUUGAAUGGCGCUCUUAAAGUGGAUCAGAUUAAUGGUGCAAAUUCAAUUUUAUGACCAAGGCUUGACACACACACACACGCAAAACAAAAAAAAACAUACUAAAAAUGCAGAACUUGGAGAUUUCCCUUUUCUUCUGCUGCAUUUAAGGUCAGCACAAAUACAAAACUAAACCUACUGUUUUAUGCUGUAAAUGUUAAUUUGUUUCAGAAAUAUAGUGGCUAAGGGCAUUUAAAACAGGAAAUAUUAAUGUUUAGUUUGAGAAUGACAACGUGCACAAAAGAAAGAGUUGUUUUCAGACGUCUGGUGGGGACUUUUAGAUAAUCUGUACCAGGUCUAUUUAGAAAUGAAGACAGUAGAAUAUCCUAUAUGACAGGUUAUUAUUCCACAAAAUACAGGCCAUGGGCAUGACAACCUGGAAAACUUCUGAGUGCUGUAUAUAAUAUAUUCCUCCGCUGAUCUUUUUUAACUUGGACUGUUGAAAUAUGCUGUAAACCAUCUCAGAACACAUGCUUACAUUUUGUUAAGACAAUGCUACUCUAUCUUUCAAACUUUUUUCUACAAAAGAAAUUCAUUUCACUCUUGAAAUUAUCCUUAUUUCAGCUGCUGAACCUUUGGAAAGCAUUCAUAUGUGUAUCGCAUUCUGCUUUGACAUGUUAGAAAGAAAAAAGAUUGUACAUACAAAAAACAAGUACAGAUUAAAUGGAACUGAAAUGUACUUAAUAAAAUAUUUUAUGUGUUGCAGACCUGAGAUGACUGCUACUAUUA